GGCAGAAGGUAGCAAGCGGUUUCGUGGUCCAACCGUCAGGUUCAGUGCGCGUAACUCGGUGGGUGGGAGAGUAGUAGAAGGACGAGCACGGCAGACCGGCUCUCUUAUCUGCCGAGCGUCGCACGCCGGGGACUCUCUCCACCACCGGUAUCCACCAGUUUUCCAUCCGCCGCAAAUCCGUGCCUUUCUCCGGGAGACAUUUUUCGCUUCUCGGAAUUCGUCUGCGUUAUGCUUUCCGAUUCUCGCGCAGGGCACUUUUGUUCCAAGUCCAGCGUCCACUGUUUAGAUAUUGCGUUUCAGCCAGCCCAGCCAGCCCAGCCAGCCCGGGUCGUGCGCGACAUGUCGCCUAGAAAGCGACACUCCCCUGAACGAAGAAGAGACGGUGGACAGGCUUGAGGAAAAAAGUGGUGCCUGCGUAGCCGAUGCGUAGAGCCCCCGGUUCGGAUCUCAGUCGCAACUGAAACGCGAGGCAGUCGAGAAAAAACGUCACUGUCGUCGUCGGAAACACCUGAAUUCUCUGAGAUUCGAAACCUGUCCGUGGGCAGGCGCGCGUGCGUGGGGCGGGUUGCAGGCGCGCGCUCUAGUGUUCCUCAAGUUCGUCUCUCCGGAGUGGAAAUGCCGUACGGGGGGAGCACAGCCGCACCGAAGGUUCGCGUCGAGACGAGUGUCCAGCACAACGCUUGCUUUUCCUAAACGUUUUCUCACGACGAAGGGCGUCCCUCCCCGCGAGGUUCUGUGUCCAUUUUUCUGCCCAGAGUCGUCUCACCCAGUGAAACGAUGGCGCGGGCAGCAGCCGCUCCUCGGGACGAACGUAGGGCCGACUGCGGGGGGGCUGGCCCUUCUGCUGUUGCCGAGUUCAACGAUGCUUUUCCUUCAGUCUCCAGCUCUCACGACGAGAAACCUUGCAAAGAAGACAUGCGGGUGGCAGAGCCGUUUGGAGAACCCCUGCUUCCGGACGACCAUUGGGCCGCCGCAGUCACCACCACGGCACCUGGGGAUGACCCAGGCGAGCUUUCUGGAAAGACGGCAAAAGAACUCAGUGCCUUGCCUUCUUCCCGCAGACGCAGAAGCCAGUCCGCAGAGCGGGUCUCAACUACGAGCGCUGCAUCACACGCCUCAGACCCCUCCCAGAGUUUCCUCGAUCUUCUUCCCCCCGCCAGCUGCGCCUCUUCGCUCUCGUCAUCUCCCGGCGCGGACGGGAGUAACGGUCUCCUCUCGCCGGCAGGUGGAGUGGGGAGACACUCCAGAGAAGUCACUGACGACGCGCGUGAGUCGCCAACUUCCGGCGAUGCUCCUCAGGCGCGUGAUGACCACGGAAACCUGGCUUCACCGACUGCCCUAUCAGAGGUCGCCAACGCUCUCCAGACCGCGCCCGCGAGCUCUGCGGGCGGAGGCUCCGGGCGUGGGCGAGCCGCAGGCGCUUCUCAGAAGAGAGCAUGGGGCGCCUCGGCGGCCAAGCGCGACAACGCGGCGACUUCCGGGACGAGCAAGCCCUCUGGAAGUCUCAGCCACGGCGCGUUUGUCGUGCCAGCCAAACUUGCAGCGAACGAAGAGGAAACCGAGAACAACCUCCUGUCUUCCGUGGCAACUCAGGCGGGCUGGCUAUCUCUGGAAGGUGACAGCAUGCGGGGCCGGGGCGGCGCGGCCUACCAGGGCAGCGAUGAGCCGGCGAACAACGGGGCCUCACGCGCCAGCAAAAACGCGUGUGGGUCUCUCUCGACAGGGGCAGCAGCGGCUGCAAGUGACAGGACAGCACUACUUGCGGGUGAAAACGCGGCGCCUUCAGGUCCGUCGACGAGACGCGGAAACAGUCUUGGCUCCGGUUCUAAUGGCGCCGCGACGGCAGGGGGGAGCACGGGGCGUCGAGACCCGCGGGCCUCACCGUUUCCAGGUGUGAAAUUCUGUAGCUCCCGGAACGCAUGGAUUGCCCGGUGGUCGGAGAACGGCCAGGAAAAGUGGAAGACGUUUCCAGUACGCGACUCCACCUUCGAAGAGGCGCGCCGUCGCGCUCUCGAGUUCAGACAAGGCAAGGACCGCAAGAAGUACGAGCGCCUUUGGCAGCAGCUUAGUGCGGAUGCAGAGGGCGGCGGCGGACCGGGGAAGAGUCCGGGACCGAGUGCACGCGGGGGAGGCACUUCCCCGAGCGGGGGCGCUUGCGACCCGUCGGGAAAUGCGACUGCAGGGGUGGAGGGGUUCCGCAGCCCCGCAGUGUCUUUCUCCCCAGGCGGGAGCGUGCGCGGAAGUGGCUCCAGCAGUGGAGGUUUGGGCAGUCCGUCGGGGGCGGUAUCGCAGGACAUUUUCUCGCGGCUGAGUCCCGCGACCUACACGGGAGGUCCUGGCCUUGACGAGGCUCUCGAGAACAGCCGAGCGGCCGCAGCGGGCCUGCUGUUCAGUGACCUGCAACGGCAUCGCUGGUUGGAAGAAGCGUUGUUGGGGUCUGGCCCCGACGGCAGCCCUGCGCAGCUUACACCGUCGACCGGAAAAGCUGGCCUAGACGCUGCACUUCGAGAUCGAUUUUCCCGGUGGCCAGCGACCGGCGCCGGCAGACUUAACGGGGUAGACUGCGGGAAUGGAGGAAUCGUCGAACAGAGUCAGGGCAAGAAACGGAGCUGCGCAGCGGCUGGACUUGCUGGGUUUUCAGAGUUCUCGGGACUCCUUGCUGGCGCCUUGGAAGAAGCCGCCACCGGGACCACUUCCCCCAAGAAGAAAUCCAAAAUGCACCGCAGAGAACUCCGCGACGGCCUCGUCCUCACCGGCCUGGAUGCUGAUCUUGACAGACAGAAUGUACCACCGUGCGUUGGCGGACCCGUUGACGGCCUCGGCGAAGAUGCUGCCGAAUACCUUUCUGCGGAUCCAACGGUGAACUCGCUCCUCGGAGUCGGAUCUCUCUUCCAGUCCAGCUUCCCCUUGGCAUGCAAAAGAGAAAACCGCAUCGCUGAGAUUGGAAUGGGCCUGGACCGGUGGCAACAGACUUCUCGAGGAUCUUUUCUAGGUGACCCCGGUGCAACGGAAGAUGCCUGCAGGAAUUUGUUGAAUGCCAAGGCACUGGGGAUGUACAAAGAUGCCCUGAUUCUAAUUCUCGAUGACCUGCUGUCUCAUGGGAUCUCACUUUUGAGUCCGCGGGGGGAGAACGGGCCGUCCUCAAUGUGCGGGAACGGCAUGGCGUGGCGGGCGAAGCAAAAGGGUGCAGAGAGACCUAUGCGGCGGGUCGUAGAGGCUUUGCGUCGCCGCGUGGCGGAUGCGUCUGUGUUCCGAGUAGUGUCGCCUUUCAUCAAGCUGUUUGAGGCAUGCAUUCUGGAAAAGAAAGUUCCUAGCCAGUUCGAUGCUCGGUCGCAAAUCCUCUAUCUUAACGCGUUGAGUGCGUUGUACGAAGUCGCUAUCCCGGCGUGAGGAGGACUCUUCAAGCCGCGACGGUGACAAGGGUCGGUGACGCUUGUGUUGCUACCGUCAUUUCCAGACCAGGGACCGAGAAGUAUUUUGUUUUCUCCGUACUUCUGUGUAGCCGCGGGAGUCUUUUCAGAAGAACGUUGUGCGCCUGCACGGGGCUGGCGGCGGGGGGCCGCGCUGUUCCCCUGCCUGCCUGGCGGUGACGCAUGGCUGUAGUCGGGACUCUUCUCAACUGUUCACAUGCCGGGCUCAAGAUGUCUCAUGCAGUUUUGCAGUGAAAUAAUGCGGAAAUUUCUCCACCCAGGGAUUGGUUGUCUUGCUCGAGACAGCACUUACGUAGAGGGUUAACAGGCAAGGUUCUGUUCCUAUUCAUGUUCACGUACCUCGUUUGAUUCGGUGGGAGACAGGGACCUGCGGCUUGUAGUUCGCGGGAUAAAUUUAAUUUCGUGUAUGAACUUGUGGGAAGUUUCCGCUCGACUCCCUGUCAGUUUCGACGCAGUUGUUGCAGGGAGAAAAGCGGCCCUGUUUUUUCGGUGCGCACGUGUUACUCCACAUUCGCUUCCAUUGCAUUUAAAGGAGUUGAUGACCAACAGUGAACCCCUUCUUCCCAAGAGGUGAUGCGCCGUUCGCUGUCGGGAUGCCGCAGGCACUGUUUCUCUUCAUUGACAGUCUCGUGGUGACGGGUGGCGGACAGUCGGGGGAGGUGGUGAGAGGGUCGGUGGCUUUCGAAACUGACAAUAAAGUCCUGCUUCCUUCGGGUGCGUGUCGCUGUAUGUGUCCUGCGGCUUGCGAGUUCGUGCUUCGGGCCAUGGAGUGCUACCUCGUUGUUUUUCAUGCAAACGAGCACCUGCACAACGGGCGUCAGUCCUGCAGUCUUUCGAACGCGUCCCCCGAGCAAAGGUUCCAUCCAACUGUAGGGACUGUCCUGGAAGCGGCAGAUCGGAGUCGCCUCGUUUCGCUCACCAACUUCGGCGAUGACCCCAGUGUGCGUCCGUGCGAGCGUGUACCCAGCCAACUGAGAGAUCGACAUGCACACAGUGACGUGGUUUGGGCUCGGCGUUUUUGUCGGCAUGCUCUCAGCGGGGUUUAGAAUGGCUCCAGGAAGCAGCUUCAGAAUGUUUAGGGAAACGUUUAUUUCCUCUUCUUCUAGGAACAAUGGAGGCAUGCUGCAAUGACGUUCACGUAUGUCACGUGGCUGCCGUCCACGUGGAUAUCUCAGUUCGUUGACACCCGCCACCAUGUUUUCGCUUUUUUUAUUGCCGGAGAACUUCUGUUCUCCGUGGCUGGAAGAUUCGAGAAACGAAGCCAAAGCAGACCGCGGGGGACUGCCCCGAGACAGCGAAGGGAGUGCGGCUCGGCCGCAAGUGUGUAUUCUCUUCUCUCCGGGGUAUCCGUGGCCAGGACGAUUUUCAGUCGCAUGCCUACGUUUCUGCUGGCACUCUUUUUGUAUGUGUGUGCCGAUAGUGUGUACACUUUUAAUAUUAAUGCAUGCCUCGUUUAAGGUGUGUGCAUGUGUCUUGUGACUGUCUUUUCGGCGUCCUGGGAAAGGUCCGGCGCGCGAGCGGCAACGAACGAUCGCUUCCGUGAAUGCGGAGGUUCGACAGAAAACGCACUGGGACGUGACGGCGCCUGCGUCGCGUUCUGGCACAAUUCUUCAAGCCCGCGAUGCACGUCUGACGUUCUCUUCCAGAAUGUCUUGAUGAAAUUUUGGAAUUACACCCACCGAAUAUUUAUCGUUUGUGUAUAGAUACACCAGGAAACAUGUAGGUGCACGUAUCCGUCGCGUGACGGAACAAUUCAGCGGGAGCGAAGUGAGGGAUUCGUGACAUGUUCGUGUGUUGGAGGGCUCCGUAAAUGCGCCCUGCUUUGCUCUACGGCACGCGGGGUCGGGAUCGCACCAGGGGAGUUUUUCACACUGUAGGUGCACAAUGCGAUCUUGUCAGUUUGGCUUAAAUGUUUCUUUUUUUCCACGGUAGCAUGCUGCAUGUGACCGUUCCUGUGUGCAGACCAGUCGGCCUCGGGUCCUGUGCGGGGACUGGCGUAAAAGCCGUUUUCCUCUGUUGGUUCACGUGUACUGUAGCAUCGGUGAAUAAGACACGAAAGUACACUGCUUAUUCAUCGUAACAGAAUUGUUAUUCUGCUGCCGUAUAGGACUUGUACGUGUGCACAAACCCGUCAAGAACGAUACAAUCGUCUUCGGAGCAUGACACAGCGGUGGGAUGACGGUCCGACAGGGAGCAUCAGCAGAUCGCUGUGCUCUCUGAAUCAAAUUUCUCUCCAC